AUGGACGUCACGGAUAUCUCGGCCUCCGGCCAUUUCACUUCGGAGGCAUCUCAGCCUCACUCCUUGGGUACAUUCCAAAGGUUCAUCUUUCCCCAACGGAUCAAAUGGUACUGUACCGUAUCGUGGCGUUCGCCACCGGAGCUCCCCUCCUUCGACCCUAAAGCUUCGGUCGGAGCUGCGGAGAGCUUUGGAGGGGCCGCUGAUAGCGCCUAUCGUUUGGCAGGUGGUCGCCUGCCCUACACAGCUGGGAGUGUCGGCUAA